GCUCUGAGCCGGGUUCGAGGACCGACUCUUCCCUCAGCCUUCGUGUGACCUUGGAUAAGUCUUUCUCUCCCCGAGCUUCUGCUACCACAACGAUGAAAUGGAAGCAGGACGGUCCGCUGAGAGUUGGUACACAUAGAGGAAGGCAAGAUGACUUCCCUGCUCCAAGAUUGGAACAGCUGAAGAAACCACAAGACAAAAUGAGAACUACAAAGGUCUACAAACUUGUCAUCCACAAGAAGGGCUUUGGGGGCAGUGAUGAUGAGCUAGUCGUGAACCCUAAAGUGUUUCCUCACAUCAAACUUGGAGACAUUGUGGAGAUUGCUCACCCCAAUGAUGAAUACAGUCCUCUGCUUUUGCAAGUCAAGUCUCUUAAGGAAGAUUUACAGAAAGAAACUAUCAGUGUGGACCAGACUGUGACUCAAGUAUUCCGGCUAAGACCUUAUCAAGAUGUCUAUGUGAAUGUUGUAGACCCCAAGGAUGUGACUCUUGACCUUGUGGAAUUGACUUUUAAGGAUCAGUACAUUGGCCGUGGGGAUAUGUGGCGACUAAAGAAAAGUUUGGUAAGCACUUGUGCCUAUAUCACUCAGAAAGUGGAAUUUGCUGGCAUCAGGGCGCAAGCUGGUGAGCUGUGGGUCAAGAAUGAGAAGGUCAUGUGUGGUUAUAUCAGUGAAGAGACCAGGGUGGUGUUCCGUUCUACGUCGGCUAUGGUUUACAUAUUUAUUCAGAUGAGCUGUGAAAUGUGGGAUUUUGAUAUUUAUGGGGAUCUGUACUUUGAGAAAGCUGUGAAUGGUUUCCUUGCUGAUCUGUUUACUAAGUGGAAGGAGAAGAACUGUAGUCAUGAAGUGACUGUGGUCCUAUUUUCCAGAACUUUUUAUGAUGCAAAAUCUAUUGAUGAAUUUCCUGAAAUAAACCGAGCUUCAAUUCAACAGGAUCACAAAGGGAGAUUCUAUGAGGACUUUUACAAAGUGGUGGCUCAGAACGAGAGAAGGGAAGAGUGGACAUCGCUCCUUGUGACCAUUAAAAAACUCUUCAUUCAGUAUCCAGUGUUGGUGCGACUGGAACAGGCAGGGGGCUUUCCUCAAGGAGACAAUUCUACCUCAGCACAAGGAAACUACCUAGAGGCCAUCAACUUGUCUUUCAAUGUGUUUGACAAGCACUACAUCAACCGAAACUUUGACCGAACUGGGCAGAUGUCUGUGGUGAUCACGCCUGGGGUGGGUGUCUUUGAAGUGGAUCGUCUACUCAUGAUCUUGACCAAGCAGCGUAUGAUUGAUAACGGAAUUGGUGUGGACUUAGUGUGCAUGGGAGAGCAGCCUUUACAUGCUGUGCCAUUAUUCAAGCUGCACAACCGGAGUGUUCCGAGGGAUUCUCGGCUGGGCGAUGAUUAUAAUAUUCCUCACUGGAUAAACCACAGUUCCUACACGUCCAAAAGCCAGCUCUUUUGUAACAGUUUCACUCCACGGAUAAAGCUGGCAGGAAAGAAGCCUGCUUCUGAGAAAACAAAAAAUGGCCGUGAUACAUCUCUUGGGACUCCAAAGGAAUCUGAGAACACCCUUCCCAUCCAAGUAGAUUAUGAUGCCUACGAUGCUCAAGUGUUCAGGCUGCCUGGUCCAUCCCGGGCUCAGCGCCUCGCCACCUGCAGGUCUGUGAGAGAACAGGAGAAUCAUAAUCGCAAAAGUGCCAGCUCCUGUGAUGUCUCGUCCAGCCCUUCCCUACCAAGCCGCGCACUGCCCACUGAGGAAGUGAGGAGCCAAGCUUCUGAUGAUAGCUCCCUGGGCAAGAGCACCAACAUCCUGAUGAUCCCUCACCCCCACCUGCACCAGUAUGAAGUCAGCAGCUCGCUGGGCUACACCAGCACCCGAGAUGUCCUGGAGAACAUGAUAGAACCACCACAGCGGGACUCUAGUGCGCCAGGGAGGUUCCAUGUGGGCAGUGCAGAGUCCAUGCUCCAUGUUCGGCCCGGUGGAUACACACCUCAGAGAGCACUGAUUAACCCCUUUGCCCCCUCAAGAAUGCCCAUGAAGCUCACAUCCAACAGAAGGCGCUGGAUGCACACUUUUCCUGUAGGACCAUCCGGAGAGGCCAUCCAGAUCCAUCAUCAAACCCGGCAGAACAUGGCAGAGCUGCAGGGCAACAGGCAGAGGGACCCCACCCACUCCUCUGCAGAGCUGUUGGAGUUGGCAUAUCAUGAAGCUGCCGGAAGGCACAGCACUUCCCGCCAGCCUGGUGACAGCAUGUCCUUGAACUUCAGUGGAACGGAAGAGCUUUCUGUCAGCCUGCUUAGCAACAGUGGUGCAGGUAUGAAUCCUAGGACCCAGAAUAAGGAUUCUCCAGAGGAUGGUGUUUCUACCUCUCCAGACCCAAUGCCAGGCUUCUGUUGCACAGUUGGAGUGGACUGGAAGUCUCUUACUACUCCUGCAUGCCUUCCUCUCACCACUGACUACUUCCCGGACCGUCAGGGCCUGCAGAAUGACUACACAGAGGGCUGCUAUGAUCUCCUCCCAGAAGCAGACAUGGACAGGAGGGAUGAGGAGGGGGUUCAAAUGACAGCCCAGCAAGUUUUUGAGGAGUUCAUUUGCCAGCGUCUCAUGCAGGGCUACCAGAUCAUAGUACAGCCAAAGGCCCAGAAACCCAACACCACAGUUCCACCCCCGCUGAGCAGCAGUCCACUCUAUAGCAGAGGCCUUGUGUCCAGAAACCGCCCUGAGGAGGAAGGCCAGUAUUGGCUGAGUAUGGGCAGAACCUUCCAUAAGGUGACACUCAAGGACAAGAUGAUCACAGUAACACGAUACCUUCCCAAGUACCCUUAUGAAUCUGCCCAGAUCCGUUAUACCUACAGCCUCUGCCCUUCCCACUCGGACUCAGAGUUUGUCUCCUGUUGGGUGGAAUUCUGCCAUGAACGGCUAGAGGAGUACAAGUGGAAUUACCUAGAUCAGUAUAUUUGUUCUGCUGGCUCUGAAGAUUUCAGUUUAAUUGAGUCUCUGAAGUUCUGGAGAACCCGGUUCCUACUACUGCCAGCCUGUGUCACUGCCACCAAGCGCAUCACAGAAGGGGAGGUGCACUGUGACAUCUAUGGGGACAGACCCCGAGCAGAUGAAGAUGAGUGGCAGCUCUUAGAUGGCUUUAUUCGCUUUGUAGAGGGCUUAAACCGCAUCCGCAGGCGCCAUCGCUCAGACCGCAUGAUUCGGAAAGGGACUGCCAUGAAAGGCUUGCAGAUGACUGGGCCCAUCGCUGCACACUCCCUCGAGUCAACAGGCCCCCCAGUUGGGAAGAAAGGAACCUCAGCUCUGUCUGCACUGCUGGAGAUGGAGGCUAGUCAGAAGUGCCUAGGAGAGCAGCAGGCAGCUGUGCAUGGAAAAAGUUCCUCUCAGGCAGCUGAGAACAGCAGUGUCGCUAUGACGCCCACCUAUGUGGACAGCCCACGAAAGGCAUCUAUGGACCAAACAGCUGCUCUGGUGUUGGAUGGUGCCAGUUUGGGGAUGAGCACAUGCCAGUCCAUGGAUAGAGGUAGCAACCAGACCUUUGGGAACUCCCAGAACGUAGGAGAACAGGCCUUUCCCACUGCAAACUCUGACUGCAGCUCUCAGCAGCAUGUAGCAAGCUCUCUGACAUCAUCCUCUACCCUGGUGGAGAUUCUGGAAGCCAUGAAGCAUCCCUCGACAGGAGUCCAGCUGCUCUCUGAACAGAAGGGCCUGUCGCCAUGCUGCUUCAUCAGUGCUGAGGUGGUGCACUGGCUGAUGAACAAUGUGGAGGGGGUCCAGACGCAGGCAAUGGCCAUCGACAUCAUGCAGAAGGUACCAGAAGAGGAAGUCAGAUCUCCUGCAACUGGACCAGGCUGGCGUAUUUUUGUUUUUGUUUUUUAUUUUUACACACUGGUUGGGGAGAGAGAGAGAGAGAGAGUGAGUAUGUGUCAGCCCAGUGCCCCCUGGCACACAGCAGGAGUGGAUGACUUUGCCAGCUUCCAGCGCAAGUGGUUUGAGGUGGCCUUUGUGGCAGAAGAGCUUGUGCACUCUGAGAUUCCGGCCUUCCUCCUGCCCUGGCUACCCAGCCGGCCAGCCUCUUACGCAAGCAGGCACAGCUCCUUCAGCCGAAGUUUUGGAGGACGGAGCCAGGCAGCUGCACUGUUAGCUGCCACUGUCCCAGAGCAGAGGACUGUGACCCUGGAUGUUGAUGUGAACAACCGAACGGACCGGCUGGAGUGGUGCAGCUGUUACUACCAUGGAAACUUCUCUCUCAAUGCAGCCUUUGAGAUCAAGCUACACUGGAUGGCGGUGACUGCCACAGUACUCUUUGAGAUGGUCCAAGGUUGGCAUCGAAAAGCUACCUCCUGUGGCUUCUUACUCGUCCCGGUUUUGGAGGGUCCUUUUGCACUGCCCAGUUACCUGUAUGGCGACCCUCUGCGGGCCCAGCUCUUCAUCCCACUCAACCUCAGCUGCCUGCUCAAGGACGGCAGCGAGCACCUGUUCGACAGCUUUGAACCAGAAACAUACUGGGACCGAAUGCACCUUUUCCAGGAAGCCAUUGCACACAGGUUUGGAUUUGUACAAGAUAAGUAUUCUGCCUCUGCUUUUAACUUCCCUGCUGAGAACAAGCCACAGUAUAUCCAUGUUACAGGAACAGUGUUUCUUCAGCUGCCUUACUCCAAACGCAAGUUUUCUGGGCAGCAGCGCCGGCGGCGGAACUCCACCAGCUCCACCAACCAGAACAUGUUCUGUGAGGAGCGAGUUGGCUACAACUGGGCCUACAACACCAUGCUGACCAAGACAUGGCGCUCCAGUGCUACAGGGGACGAGAAGUUUGCUGACCGGCUGCUGAAGGACUUCACAGACUUCUGCAUCAACCGUGACAACCGACUGGUCGUGUUCUGGACAAACUGCCUGGAGAAGAUGCAUGCCAGCGCCCCAUGAAGCCAGGCCGCUCGACCUAAGAGGUUGUGGGCAUUCUGGGGCUGGCCUUCCUGUUAGGCUCUGGGCGUCAGGCUGCCACUGUCAGUGAGCAGGGCCACUGCCGCUCUUGGCCUUUGUACAAGUUUGAGCGAGGAGAAAGACUGGAAGCUGCUGCUGCCACUACCACCACCCAGAGCUUGCCAUCAUGUGCCCAUGGCAGGGGGAGGCACAGAUUGUCCGUGGGAGGGAGUCAGUGUCUGGGAAUAGGGUAGGCAGCUUCCAUUAGGGUCCUCUUCUUUCACCAGCAGUGGGAUAUUCAGAACAGAACCUCCCGAUUCCUGCCCAGGAACGUGCGUGUAUAGCAUAAUUCUGUGACAUAGUGUACCAUUGGCUCGCACCAGGUGUACAUAUGUGUACAUAACAGAAGUAAAUAAAGCCCCCCAUACAGUGUC